AUGGCUCUCCUUACCCGUGCCGCUCGGUCAGCUCGACCGACGCUAUCAGUCGCAUCGCCCCGCAGACAUACUGCUAUCGCCACAAGGAUCCUAGAGGGUGGGUUGUCGGCCUGUGCACAUAGCCAUCAGUCGCGUGCGUACGCGAUCUACCGCCAGGCAGCAAAGAAGAAGGCACCACAAUGCCCGACAUGCGGUGCUGCCUUCCAGACAGAGAAGCCUGGUGCGCCGGGAUACUUGAAUAGCGAAAAGUGGAAGGAGUUGAACGAGGCCAACCUGGCCAAGGGUAUCGCAGCUGUGAGCACAGAGGCAGAUAAGCCCAAGCCUGUGCAACAUACGAAAAAGAUGAUCGAGAAUCUCGAUGACCCCGAGCUCAAAGCGGAGAAGAAGCGGUGGAAGUCCGAGCAGGGCCACGACCGGAUUGUGUGUCAGCGGUGCCACUCACUCAAAAACUACAACAAGAUCGACCACCAUUGGAAGCAGGAUAUCGUGUCCGAUCCACGUGCCCUCCGGUUUCUACAGUACCGGUCAAACCUGAUCGUGGUCGUAGUGUGCGAUCUGUUUGAUAUCCCAGGCAGCUUGAUCCCGCAUUUGGGCCAGUACAUUGGACAGCGGCACCCGGUUCUGCUGGCAUGGCUGCGUCGUUUCACAAAGGAUUUGGACAUCAACCUUCUCGGAAUCCACCUGGUCUCAGCGCAAAAGAACCAGGGUGUGCGUGAGCUGGCUGCUGAUAUCACCGAGCGACGCCGUGCAGGCCAGGACAUUUACAUGGUCGGCCCAUUGGUGGGAUCCAAACACCGCGUGCUCUCGUCGCAUAUCCCCGGAACCACUAUGGGCCUGUACGGUGUUCCGCUGAAGCACUUUGUCAAGGCACUAGUGCCCAUUGAGGGUGCGCGGCCCCAAGACCGACAAUCGUACCUCAGCAAGUCGGCGAUCAGCUACCUGACCAACGAGGAGCUGAAGCUGGCCAUGUGCCAAAAGCGGGUCUCGCCGUUCACGUUCCUGCUGAACCGUAACCAGUCGAUGAUGCUUGGUGGCCUGGGCCGCAUUGAUCUGGUCGGCGGGGCAGAGCGCAUUUACGUCACAGUGUUUUCCAGUAUCCGCCCGCACUUUACCCGAAUGAACAACGGCGAGCAGACACACGAGUUUGAGGGAACCCACCCAAGAAAUGCCUCUAUCGACAUUGCCUUUGCCGGGAUAGGAUGGGUAGCCAUCGCCGGCAGGUUCCAGUCGGCAAAGAUCCGCGUGUAUACGCCAUUUGGCACCGGUGCCUAUGCACGCCCACCGAUGAUGCCGUUUGAGUUCAAGAAACUCACUGGCCGCAUGUCGAGCACGCGCAAGACGCCCAAAUAAGUCAUAUUAGAUAUCCAUUUUUGAUAUGGUUAGUUAAUCACUU